CCAACUAUCACUCACGUAAGACAAAAAAACAAUUUAAAAUAAAAAAUAAGCAUAGUAGUUGCUACAUGAGCUUCACCUGAUUCCCAUUACUUGAUUCGUGUCUCAUUUCAAUUCCUUCGCUUUCACCUUCUCCUUCUCAUUCCAGAUCGAAACUGCAGGAUCUGAACUUCAUUACUACCAGAGGAGAGGGCAUACUUGAAAAGAAUCUCAAAUUUCCCAUGUCAAUUUCUGAGAAGUCUUCUUCUUUGUCGUUGAAAUCUGUACCUGCUAGAGAUGUUGAUCCUUUGUUGAAGGAUUUGGAUGAUAAAAAGCAGAAUUUUCGGCGUAACGUCGUGUCUUUAGCUGCAGAGUUGAAGGAGCUCCGGGGCCGCCUAGCGGCACAGGAAAAAUCUUAUGCUAUAGAAACCCUAACAAGACAGGAAGCAGAGACAAAUGCCAAGAGCUUGGAAUUAGAAAUUGGCAGAUUGCAAAAGAAUUUGGAUGAACGAAACGAGCAGCUUCAGGCUUCAGCUUCUUCUGCUGAGAAGUAUCUGAUGGAGUUGGAUGAUCUUAAAACACAGCUUGUAUCAACCAGAGCAACUGCAGAUGCAAGUGCUGCAUCAGCAAAAUCAGCACAGCUCCACUGUGUGGAACUCGUGAAAGAAUUAGAUGAGAAAAAUAGUUCGCUAAGAGAGCAUGAGGAUCGUGUAACUAGGCUAGCUGAGCAGCUAGACAAUCUACAAAAGGAUCUUCAGGCAAGGGAAUCUUCACAAAAGCACUUAAAAGAUGAAGUUUUUAGAAUUGAGCAUGAUAUCAUGGAGGCUCUUACAAAAGCCGGGGAUAACAAGGAUCGCGAGCUGCGUAAAAUAUUAGACGAGGUUUCUCCUAGGAAUUUUGAGAAGAUGAAUAAGCUUCUGGUUGUUAAGGAUGAAGAAAUUGUAAGAAUGAAGGAUGAAAUCAAGAUCAUGUCAGCACAUUGGAAGCUCAAGACUAAGGAAUUAGAGUCACAGUUGGAAAAACAGCGGCGUGCUGAUCAGGAGCUGAAGAAGAAGGUGUUGAAGUUGGAAUUCUGUUUGCAGGAAACUCGUUCUCAGACUCGAAAGCUCCAAAGGAUGGGAGAGCGACGCGACAAAGCUAUUAAAGAACUGAGAGAUCAACUAGCAGCAAAGCAACAAAGAGGAGUUGCGGCUGAAGAAAAGCAACAGCAGAAUUUCUGGGACACUUCUGGAUUCAAAAUUGUGGUCUCCAUGUCCAUGCUUGUCUUGGUGGCAUUUUCAAAGCGGUGAAAUCCUUCCUAUAUCCAAAACCAAAAUGAUCCUUGUAUAUAUAGGAACCCUAUAUCUUAUAAUAGGAGGGUAGAGAAGUUGUGGAAGCCAUUUUGCGCUUUAGAAAAGUAGUCUUAGAUAUAUAAUCUAGCAUUAGCUUGUGCACUAUGUAGCACCAUCAGGACCACAAGGCAUUUUUUGCUGUGUUCUAUAUUACAUUGAAGGCUAUGUUUGAAUACUUGUUGGCCUAAGUGCUAACAGACGUUAUCACUGGCUUCGAGGCAAAAAGUGAGUGAAACUCUUCUUAUGGACUGAGAUGAAA